UGUCCCAGAAAAUAAACCUUGUGGCUUUAGCAAUUGAUUUGAUUACCUUGUGGCUUUAGCAAUUGAUUUGAUUAACAAACUAAACGGCGCUGAACUAGAGUAACUACGGAGUACUAAACUAGGUGCUCAUCACUAAUUCUCAUCCCUUCUUCAAAACUUCCAAUUUCCAGAAUCUCUUCUUCAGAUUCAACGCUAAAAUUCGACGCAAAAUAUGUUCAACACCAAUAACAACAUCAACAACAACAGCAUCUCAAUCCCAGUUUCCGACGAAGAUUCCGAUGAAUACACCGCAAGAAUGAGAGCCCGAGUCCGCCGGAAACGGAAGAAAUCGUCAAACUUCCGAUCCAACGCCGAAUUAACUCGUCGAAUCGUUAGGAAACUCGCUAAAUGGUGGCCUCUCUUGGUUUUCCUUCCUGCUAUGGCGUUGCUUCUUUUCGAAGCUUCUCGACUCGGCCGGAGACACAGUCAUGAUGAAUUAAACCAUGAAAGUAAAUUGAAUUUUACUUGGACGAUGCUGGAUUCACAUGUAGAUGGGAAAUUGAAUCGUCUCGAUCCUGUUUAUCAUAAUGUCGGUGGUACCAAAGAGCGUUGCUUGCCAAUCCUGUCAGCUGAAGAUCUUGAGAUUCUGGAUAUUCCCACGGAACUGAAAGGUUCAAAAGGCCCUGUUAAGAAUGUGAUUUAUAUUUCAGAAGAUAAUGACCCUUAUGCCGGAGAAAAUUCAACAUUUUCUUUUCAGAAAAGAAAACCUGGAAGAUCUAGCUUAUUUACAGGGUACCAAUCACUUGUUCAAAGGGAGAAGAGUUUCAAGGUGACUGAAACUCCUGUGGUGCAUUGUGGUUUCUAUAGUGAAAAUGGAGGAUUUAAGAUGUCACUUGAGGAUGAAAAAUAUUUGCAAACUUGCAAGGUUGUUGUCUCUACUUGUGCAUUCGGUGGUGGGGAUGAUCUUUAUCAACCUAUAGGGAUGUCGGAGGCAUCCCUUCAAAAGGUCUGUUAUGUUGCCUUUUGGGAUGAGAUCACCCUUGCUACACAGAAAGCACAGGGGAGGAAAAUUGGUGAUGACCAUUAUAUUGGCAAGUGGCGGAUUGUGAUUGUCAAGAAUCUCCCUUUCCCUGACCAGCGGUUGAAUGGUAAAAUUCCUAAGAUGUUGGGCCAUCGGUUGUUCCCAAAUGCAUUAUUUUCCAUUUGGGUUGAUUCAAAGUCUCAGUUUAGGAGGGAUCCCUUGGGCGUUCUGGAAGCACUGCUUUGGCGAUCAAACUCUGUGCUUGCAAUUUCACAACAUGGCGCUCGCAGUAGUGUGUAUGAUGAGGCUAAGGCUGUUGUCAAGAAAAAUAAGGCAACCCCAGAGGAAGUAGAGGUGCAACUUACUCAAUACCGCCUUGAUGGGCUUCCUGAAGACAAAAGAUUUAAUGGAAGGAAAGCUCUAGCUGAAGCUUCCAUCAUUGUUAGGGAACACUCACCCUUAACCAACCUGUUCAUGUGCCUUUGGUUCAAUGAAGUGGUUCGCUUUACAUCCCGGGAUCAGCUUAGCUUUCCUUAUGUUCUCUGGCGGCUGAAAGUCCUGAAUGAUAUUAAUAUAUUCCCUGUAUGCACCCGCAAAGAUCUUGUUAAUAGUAUGGGACACAUACGCAAGGCAAAACCAUUAGUCACUUGAUCUGCACUUAAAAUUAUUUCACAAUUCCUUUUUAAGCUCUUUUUGGAGCUUGAUAGAAAGCAGAUUUUAGACACAUUGACUGCUGACAUGUUACAUCAAACUUGAUAAAUUGGAGCCCGAGAAUGGAAAUGGUAUUCUACCUUACCUUACGGUUCCUAGCCUCCAUACCACGCCCAGAGCUGUGAGCUGCAGAAUGUAUGAUGAUGUAGCGAGCCUCAUUCUUUCAAAUUUAACUGGUUUGGCAUCCAUGAAAGUCAAAGAGAAAGGACAGAAACCUAGAGUGUACAUUUCAUAGUGUAAAUUUUAUUUUAUUUGAAUAUUUUUUUCUCCAGGCAUUAUUUUUUUGAAUGUGAAGUAGGCUAUUCAUUUGUCUAACUAAAACAGUGCCUUAGAUUAGUUGAUAUGAGAGUUUGAGAUCUAACUAGCUUAUGGUCCAUUAUUGAUUUGACGAACACUUGUAAAAUCAGGAGAGAAAAAA